UGACAGGAGUGGGGGUUUUGCCUGCUGUGUGACCAUGGAGGAGACGGACCGGGAAGCUGUGGCGACAGCGGUCCAGAGGGUCGCUGGGAUGCUGCAGCGCCCUGACCAGCUGGACAAAGUGGAGCAGUAUCGCCGAAGAGAGGCCCGCAAAAAGGCCUCCGUGGAGGCCAGAUUGAAGGCCGCGAUCCAGUCACAGCUGGAUGGUGUGCGCACGGGCCUCGGCCAGCUGCACAGUGCGCUCACCGACGUGAAGGCCAUCCAGCAGUCGCUGGCGGCCGUCAGCCAGGACUGGAGGCAGAGCAUCAACACCAUCGAGAGCCUUCGCGAUGUGAAGGACGCCGUGGUGCGGCACAGCCAGCUCGCCGCCGCCGUGGAGAACCUCAAGAACAUCUUCUCAGUGCCGGAGAUCGUCAGGGAGACGGAGGACCUGACUGAGCAGGGGCAGCUGCUGCAGGCACACCGGAAGCUGAUGGACCUGGAGUGCUCGCGGGACGGCCUGAUGUACGAGCAGUACCGCAUGGACAGCCGGAACACGCACGACAUGACGCUCAUCCAGGGUUACUUCGGCAGCAUGCAGCGGCUCUCGGACGAGCUGGCCAAGCAGCUGUGGAUGGUGCUGCAGCGGUCCCUGGUCACUGUCCGCCGCGACCCCACUCUGCUGGUCUCCGUCGUCCGCAUCAUCGAACGGGAGGAGAAAAUUGACCGGCGCAUGCUUGACCGCAGCAAGCAGACCGGCUUCAUCCCCCCGGGGAGGCCCAAAAGGUGGAAGGAGAAGAUGUUCACCAUCCUGGACAGGACUGUGACCACAAGGAUCGAGGGCACGCAGGCCGACACCAGGGAGUCGGACAAGAUGUGGCUGGUCCGUCACCUGGAGAUCAUCCGCAAGUAUGUUCUGGACGACCUCAUCGUUGCCAAAAACCUGAUGGUGCAGUGUUUCCCUCCCCACUAUGACAUCUUCCGAAACCUCCUGAGCAUGUACCACCAGGCCCUGAGCACGCGGAUGCAGGACCUGGCGUCGGAAGACCUGGAGGCAAAUGAGAUAGUGAGCCUCUUGACCUGGGUGCUGAACACCUACACAAGUGCAGAGAUGAUGGGAAACUCAGAGCUGGCCCCAGAAGUGGACACUGACGCCCUGGGGCCCUUGCUGUCCCCGCACGUCAUCUCCGAGCUGCUUGGCACGUACAUGUCGACGCUCACGUCAAACAUCAUUGCCUGGCUGCGGAAAGCACUGGAGACGGACCGGAAGGACUGGGUCAAGGAGACCGAGCCUGAGGCCGACCAGGACGGCUACUACCAGACCACGCUUCCCGCCAUCGUCUUCCAGAUGUUUGAACAGAACCUCCAAGUGGCUGCUCAGAUAAGUGAAGAUUUGAAAAUAAAGGUACUGGUUUUGUGUCUUCAGCAGAUGAGCUCUUUCUUAAACAGAUACAAGGAGGAGGCGCAGCUGUACAAGGAGGAGCACUUGCGGGACCGGCAGCACCCCCACUGCUAUGUGCAGUACAUGGUGGCCAUCGUCAACAACUGCCAGACCUUCAAAGAAUCCAUAGUCAGCUUAAAAAAGAAGUAUUUGAAAAGUGACACGGAAGAGGGCAUGUCCAUGUGCCAGCCCAGCAUGGACGCAGUCUUGGACACCAUUGCUAAGGAAGGCUGCAGCAGCCUGCUGGAGGAGGUCUUCCUAGACCUGGAGCCACAUCUCAAUGAGCUGAUGACCAAGAAGUGGCUGUCGGGGUCGAACGCCGUGGACAUCAUCUGUGUCACCGUGGAAGACUAUUUCAACGACUUUGCCAAGAUUAAAAAGCCAUAUAAAAAGCGCGUGGCCGCCGAGGCGCACCGGCGGGUGGUGGUGGAGUACCUGCGGGCCAUCAUGCAGAAGCGGAUCUCCUUCCGGAGCGCCGAGGAGCGCAAGGAGGGCGCUGAGCGCAUGCUCAGGGAGGCCGAGCAGCUCCGCUUCCUGUUCCGGAAGCUGGCGGCGGGCUUUGGGGAGGACGUGGACAGCCACUGCGACACCAUUGUGGCCAUCGCAGAGGUCAUUAAGCUCACAGACCCCUCCCUGCUCUACCUGGAGGUCUCCACGCUGGUCAGCAAGUACCCAGACAUCAGGGACGAGCACAUCGGCGCGCUGCUGGCUGUGCGGGGCGACGCCACGCGGGACAUGAAGCAGACCAUCAUCGAGACCUUGGAGCAGGGCCCGACGCAGGCGAGUCCCAGCUACGUGCCGCUCUUCAAGGAGCUAACGGUGCCCAGUCUGAACGUGAGCAAGCUCCUGAAGUAGCC